CCCUCCCUUGCCGGUUGUUGUCUGGAACUGGACUUCUUCGCUUGGCCUGCCUGAAGGAGACAAGAUCUUGGUGGCCCGAGUGUCCUCAGACAGAGAGUCCACCAGGUCGGGGCCAGGACCGAAAAGGAUUCAGGAAAAGGAAAUUUAGGAAAGAUUUCUGGGGAAGGAAACAAUGACAGAAGUGACAAGAGAGAAAUUUGGAGACUUACCUCAUGGUGGAGGAGCUGUGGAAAAAUUCCUGCUCAAAUCAGAUGCAGUUGAAGUGGAGAUUAUAUCCCUAGGUUGCAUUAUCACUGCUUUAAAGACUAAAAGCAGGGAUGGAAAGUUCUCAGAUAUUGUUCUGGGCUUUGAUCAGUUGGAAGGAUACAUCAAUAAGCACCCGUAUUUUGGAGCUAUUAUAGGACGGGUUGCAAAUAGAAUUGCCAAAGGGAAAUUUGAGGUGGAAGGAAAAGAGUAUCAGCUGGCCAUCAACAAUGCACCCAACAGCUUGCAUGGUGGAAUAAAAGGAUUUGACAAGGUUGUCUGGGCCCCUGAAGUGCUGUCAGAUGGUGUACAGUUUUUCAGAAUAAGCCCAGAUGGGGAGGAGGGAUAUCCUGGAGAACUGAAAGUUUGGGUGACGUAUACUCUGAACAGUGGGGAGCUAACGAUAAAUUACAGAGCUCAAAGCAGUAAGACCACACCAGUCAAUCUGACAAACCAUGCCUACUUCAAUCUUGCUGGUCAGGGGUCACCAAAUAUCUACAACCACGAAUUUACCAUAGAGGCAGACUCUUAUCUACCUGUGGAUGAAACUCAGAUCCCUACAGGAGAAAUUGCUUCAGUGCAAGACACAGCUUUUGAUUUGAGAAAGCCAGUGGAGCUUGGAAGUCACCUACAGAAGUUUCAGCUUGGUGGGUUUGACCACAAUUUUUGUCUGAAGCAGGCUAAAGAACCACAGUUCUGUGCAAGAGCUUACCAUCCUCCGAGUGGUAGAACAAUAGAGGUAUACACAACUCAACCUGGGAUUCAAUUUUAUACUGGAAACUUCUUAGAUGGUUCCCUGAAGGGUAAAGGAGACUGUGUGUAUCCCAAACAUUCUGGUUUCUGCCUUGAAUCACAGAACUGGCCGGAUGCAGUGAAUAAGCCACAUUUCCCAAAUGCUCUACUGUAUCCAGAUGAUGAAUACAGGCAUAUAACUUGCUUCAAAUUCUUUGUAUCAUGAUCCUGUGGCAAGAAGAGAUUUGUAAAAGUAGCAAUUGAGACAAAUGUUAACGUAUAGCCAAAUAUGCCUCCAUCAUUAGAGAACCUUUCUCCCUACCCCAUAUUAUGUAAGCAAACUACCAACACUUCAUCAGUCUAAAUAAUUUAUUUUUGGUGUUGCUAUGUGCUACCUUGAAAGCCAAGCUUAAAAAAUUAAAAAUGCUCAAAUUUAAUUGCCAAGCACUGCUCUUAAAGUGGGCUCAACAUUUGUCUUUUGUUCUAUUUUGAGAUAGUGAGAAAGUUGUAUAUAAAUAUUCAGAAGUAAAACCACACCAGCUCUAAGUCCAUGUGAUGUUUAGGUUGUUCAGCUAAUGAGAUUGUAGAGGUAUUGUAAGGAUUACUUGAGACUGUAUCAAUAGGCACACCAGUGUUAUCUGUUAGAUGUAGACCUUGUAAUUGACCUCUCCUUCAAGGGAUUCUAACACACACAAGCUUCUUUGCUGUAGUACAGCAAUUAGACCCCUUGCAAUUUUUUGCACGUGAUAAAGCCUUACUCUAAUGAAAGAAUUGUUCAUAAUGUAAAGGGAAUAUUUUUCUCUCCUUCAACAUGUUUUAUUAAGAAUCUGGAAAAGAGCAUAAUUACAAUCUUCCUGCAGUUUAAAAAGUGAGAUUGCAAAUUGAGGGGAUUGUCAAUUAAAGUGUUUGUGCUUGACAUAGAAACAGCAAGCAUUUUUAUUUACUGGAAACAGAAGCAUAUCUAUUCAGUUUCAGAUAUAUGCAAUGUAGGUUAAAAACAGUACUGAAGUCUGACGUUAGUAAGGUACUGUUAUCUUCAGCCCAUUUUACUAGAAUUAAAUCUAUACCCUCUCGAAGUUGGGAAGAUAAACAUGAAAAGGAUUGUAAGCUACUUGGGUGCUCACGGGAGGGGGGGAGUGGGGUACAAAGGAAGCAAGUACACUACACCUAAACCUGUGUCUCAGAUUUAGUUAUAUUAACUAGCAACAGGCAACAGCUUUUAGUUCACAAUUCUGGAUGAGAUGUGCUUGAUAAAGGAAAACACUUGAAGAAAAUUUGCCCCAUGUUCAGUCAUCUGAAGUAUGCAACAUACUCAUUAUUGUGCACAAACUAAGUUAUAA